AUGCGCGAACUAGUCGCGUGUCUGCUGCUCCUGGUGGCGGCCGCCGAGGCCGCCAAAUUUUCGGUAUCCCGGGGCAAGAACACCACCUCCAAGAUCGAGGGGCUAUGCGCACGUAUGCACAACAACACCGCCCUGGAGGGUCUUGACCCGAGUGAAAUGAUGAAGGACACGGCUUACGCUUGCCAGAAGAAGUGCGUCGACAUGUGGCCGGCUUGCUCGGCUGUGGUCUACUACUACCUGCACAACGACACGAAGCACCACUAUUGCUACCUCUUCGAGAAGAACUCCGUGCACGAUAAGGUCUCCCUCGUCGAGCAAAAGCCGGAGAACAAGAAGGACCUUGUCCGCAUGCUUGAACUCGUCGCUGACUGCCACCAGUUUGAUGCCCAUCCCCCGCUGGCCGAGGAUGGCAUCGCGAGCAGCACCGACAAGGUCGACCGCAAGAAGAGGCAAAACGGUGACGAGAAGGACAUGAAGACAGCCGGAGACUGGACCGACUGGAGCGAGUGCGAGACUGGCCUCGGCCAUGCCGUCCGCUCGCAAUCCUGCGAAUACGGACGCCGCAUCGAACGUCGCGGUUGCCCGGCUCGGCAGCCCCCGCAGCGCUACGACCCAAGGCAGUUCCAGCAGCCUUUCGCCCCUCAGCCGCCCGCUGACCCGCGCCAGGACCCGCGCUACCAGCAGCUCCCUCCCCAGGACCCUCGUCUCGAGGACCCGCGCUACCUGCAACAGCUAGCCGAGCACCAGCGCCGCUUGCAGGAACACCAGCAGCAAGCGCAGCAGGUCGAGUGCUUUUCGAAUCUUGGAUUUUUCAGGGUGCCCCGCUUGCCGUCAGCCAGAACGAUGAGCGUCAUGCGACACCCCGCUCAACCCAACGCGCAGCCCUGCACCGGUGGCCGUUGCAAGCCGAGGCAGCAGCCCCCGCCCCCGCCACCACCGCCAGCGCCAGUAACACAGGCACCGGUGGCCCAGCCGUAUCCAACGCGCUACCGCCCGGCCGCCCCGCCACCACCAGUCUGCAAGGGAGACGGAUGCAAGCCGAGGCAACAACUUCAAGGCCAAUGGCACGACUGGUCAGAGUGGAGCGAGUGCUCGUGCACCUGUGGUGAUGGUGUCAAGCAGAGGAGGAGGGAGUGCAACGGAAAUAACUGCCAGGGCCCCGACACAGAACAAGCCCCGUGCAACAUGGGCCCGUGCCAGACGUGGUCCGAGUGGUGCGAGUGGUCUGAUUGCAAGGGAUCCUGUGGCCGUGGAGAGCGCACCAGGACCCGCUUCUGCUUCCUGGGCACCAAGCGCUGCGAGGGCAGCGAUUUUGAGAUCGAGGUGUGCAACGCCGGCCCGUGCCCCGAGUGGUCCGAGUGGGAGGACUGGUCGACCUGCUCGACGUCGUGCGGUCACGGAAUGCAGAAUCGCCAGCGCACGUGCCUUGGAGGCACCCAUGGAGAUCAUGCUUGCCCUGGACCUCGCCACGAGGAACGCCCGUGUGACCACGGCCCGUGCUCCACCUGGGCCCCUUGGGAGGAGUGGGGUCAAUGCAGCGCAUCGUGUGGAGACGGUAUGAAGCGGAGGACUCGCGUCUGCCAAUACGGAACUGAUUGCCAAGGGCCGGCUGAGGAGACUAUGUUCUGCUACGGGCCGCCCUGCUCGUCGUGGACCGACUGGUGCGAGUGGUCGGCUUGCAGCCAACGUUGCGGAGCUGGACAACGCUCGCGCACCCGCGCUUGCCUGACAUCUUCCGGCCAAGAGUCGACCGAUUGCAUGGGACCUAGCCACGAAACCGUACUCUGCAACGAGGGCGAGUGCUGCAACUGGUCCGACUGGUGUCCGUGGUCGCAGUGCGACAAGGACUGCGGUACCGGCCAGAACUUCCGCACGCGUGUGUGUCAACGUAAUGGGGUUAACGACAACACGUGCGAGUGUGUGGGUCCGGACCGGGAGACUCGCGAAUGCAACACGCACGUUUGCCAGCCGCAAUGCGCCUGGACGGAGUGGUGCGCCUGGAGCGACUGCUCGACGCAAUCGGCCUGCGAGAUUGGCAACCAGCUACGCUCCCGCCAAUGCGUCGGCGAGCCGGGUUGCCAUUGCCUGGGGCUGGCCGAGGAGAGCCAGCAGUGCCGCGGCAACAUCCCAUGCUCGCCCAAGCCUCCAUGC